ACGCAUGCUGGUUGAAUUCCCGCUAAAUGUGGAUGUCUGUAAAUAAAGUAAUAGUUUCGUUCUACUUUGCUGGUUAAAUAAUGAACUAAGUAUUACAAAAAGUGCUAUUAUUGUUUCUUUUUUUAAAAAAAAUUUUCCUGAAAUUAUGGAAGUAGACCAUGACUUGUCUUAUGCAAAGCGAAAACUUACCCAAGCUAGAAUUGAAGAUGGAGAUGCAUAUCCUAUAUUUCAAUCUCUAACGUUAAAUGAAGGUCAAGAGGACAUAUGUCUCCUCCAAUUAAAUAAUGAAUUGAUGGCGGAAUUAGAAGCAAAAAAUUCUCUAAUAAUUAGAGGCGAACCUGAUGAAUCUGCUGUUCUUUGCACUAAAUCACGUACGUAUGAAUUAAGAGAAGCUGAAACUUCUAAUUCUUUGUUACUUGUACCAAAUCUCUUAAUGCCCGAUCAAUGUUCGAGUGGUGAGGAAAGAAUUGCGCCGCAAGAAGUGUCUGGUAUAUUUCACACUUACUUCGAAUUGCGUUCCAUCAAGCCUAGUUUCAAAAAACUUCGAGCAGUUUUAGAGAGAAGUUCAUACAAAGGGAAAGAAUAUGAAGACGAUAGUAUAACGGACGAUAAACUAACUUUCGAUCAUUUACUUGAUAUUAUUCAGUGCAGCGAGGAAGAGUUAAUAGCAGAGUUAACGGAAAUGCAAACAUGCAUUAUUAAUGGAUUUGUUAGAGUAUUAGAUUUUGAUUAUAAAUUUAGUGUAUUCAGUCAGAUUUUGGAAGUUAUAGAGUCACAGUCACUACCCAUAGAUAAAAUUCCAAAAGAGACUGUUUUAUCGGCUUUGGAAGAUUUAGAACCAAAGCAAAUUCUAGAAGAUUGUUUUUCCUGGUUUACUGAAGAAACGGUCGAUGAAGAAAACGGGCAUAAGUUGUAUUCACUGCGUGAAUUACCGGUUUGUAGGAUAUAUGCUGAGAUUUUACUGAGAUCAUCUGGUAAAUUUCACCUUGAAGAUUUUCUGGAAAGUUGGCAGAGAAGUGUACCCGAAGGUAUGACGUGCAAUUUGGAACAGUUACGAGGAAUCGCUUUGACUGACUUGUUGAAUAGACCAGCUGUGAUCUUUUAUUUUCCUAUGCACGAUUUGCCUGAAAAUGUGAGUGAAAGAUUUGAACACUUGUUUAGAAUUAAGGAAAAGUGGAGUUAUGAUGAAAUCGUACCUUUUCUUGAGGAUAGAGCAUCUGCUGUAACAAAUGUUAAAGCAUUGUUGAUAAAGUAUACUCGGGAGUCUACUAAAAAUGGCAUAAAAUAUUAUAGUUCAAAAUGGUAAAAUUAACCUUAUACUGUAAUGUUUUUUGUUUUUUUUUUAAUUGUUUAAUAUAGGUGAAUGAUAUGAAGGCUUGUGUAGAGAAAAGUAAAAAUUGAGUGCUGUAUGAAGAUAUGGCAUCAACUACUACAAAUGAUGAGACAUUGUUGCUAAAGUCUAUUUCUGGUUCUACUAAAAAUU